GCCACUGCUCUCAUGUCUCCAACACGCUUCCGUCGAAUUAUAACUGCGCCAGUGUAUAAUGGUAUUUUUUGUAAGCUACCCUAUCUGACGGCGUCAAAUCACUAGGCAUGGAAGAACUUCUGAUACAAGCUAUAGCCGCUGCGGCCGUUCUGCUCCCAAAGGCGUUGCAGACCACUCGAGAGCUAGCUCUUGCGGAUCCUUGCACCCCGCGAUCCUUGCACCUCGUCACCCGACAGGCUAUCUCGAUGCCCCCGGCUGAUCCCACCUUCCAUCUUAUGUUGGAUAUACCGGCCGGUGUGUCGACAUUAAUGCCACGAGAUCGUUGCAGGUGGUCACAGGCAACUGAUCCCUGCAAUGGUGUCGUGUCUGCUGACACCCUCGUCGUUCAUAUGCGCAAGCAUGUUGGAGGAUCCUCGUAUCGUCGUGUUUACUGCUCCUGGAAUGGAUGUGGCAAGCUCAUGAGGAGAGAUUGUCUUGUUCGUCACAUACGCGAAAUCCAUCUGCAUAGCAAACGCCGCCCUCACGACUAAAUCUUCUCUAUUGCUCAACUUACCCAUUUGUGUAUCAAUAUCUUUGCUGACAUAUCGUGUUCACUGUGCCGUUUUAGUGUGAUAAGGACUUGUACUUACUCAAGCUCAACGUUCAGCUGGUAUCAUAGACGCGCGCUUGGCCU